GUAUGGACACAUAGGAUAACAUGCGGGGAUGGGACACAUAGGAUAACAUGCCGGAUAUGGGGACACAUAGGAGAACAUGCCGGGGAUGGACACAUAGGAUAACAUGCCGGAUAUGGACACAUAGGAUAACAUGCCGGGGUUGAUGACACAUAGGAUAACAUGCCGGAUAUGGACACAUAGGAUAACAUGCCGGGGAUGGACACAUAGGAGAACAUGCCGGGGAUGGACACAUAGGAGAACAUGCUGGGGAUGGACACAUAGGAGAACAUGCCGGGGAUGGACACAUAGGAGAACAUGCCGGGGGAUGGACACAUAGGAUAACAUGCCGGGGUUCAUGGACACAUAGGAUAACAU